AUGACGUUCAUCGGUAUUGAUAUUGGGACGGGAUCGGUGCGGUCGUAUAUCAGAUCGCAGAAUAGAGAGCCAACAACAAGAGUGUUGCCGAUUGCUUCAAACUAUUUAGAUUCAAAUCCCCGGGUUAUAACCCAAUCUUCGGCAGAGAUUCUCCAACAAUUGAUCGAAACUAUACCAUCCGAAGUAGCUCAUGAGAAAAGAAAUGGUAUCGCUAUUGGGGCAACUUGCUCUAUGGUGGUGAGAGAGGUAAAGAAUAUAAAUAAUACUAAUUAUUUAUGUCCAUUCCCGGUGGACUUUGAUUUUGAAAGUACCUUCUAUGAAAAUUCAAGACAGGAUAUCAUUUUAUGGAUGGAUAAUCGUGCUUCCAAACAAGCAGAUGAUCUCAAUAAGUCAUUACCCACAGAGAUACUAGCAACGAUGGGUGGCCGAGUUAUACCGGAAAUGGGAAUAGCCAAACUAAAAUGGCUAAGCGAUUGGGUCUCUUUUCAUAAGAUUGAGAAAAAAUUGGUGGUAUUUGAAAUGUACGAUUGGUUUAGUUAUGCCUUAUCGAACCAGACUAGCCAAGGUGUGCUUUUGAACGAAAAUUUAUCUCGUAUCGAGUCUAAUUACGCAAUGGAUGGCUCAAUAAAAGGUUGGAGCUCUUCAUUUUUGAGAAAUGAACUAAAAGUUGCCGAUAAUAUUGAAGUUGGUGGAACUGCUUCCAAUGGUAUUAACUUGAACUUUCCCCCAAUAGGACAACUGAUUGGCAAAGUAUCAGCUAGCUUUAAGCCAAUCGAAGACUUCGAAAUAGGCCAUGGAUGCAUUGAUUGCUACUCUGGUUGGAUAUCUUCAUUGACCGACCCUAAUUCAUUGAUUUCAAAUGAUGGAAAUAAUAAUGCAGAGUUAUCGAUGAUUGCGGGUACUUCAACUUGUUUUCUUUUAGCAAGUGAAAAGAGAAAUACAAUACAAGGUAUAUGGGGACCUUUUAAUCAAUUAUUAUACCAAGAAAGUUUUAAAUCCCUCUAUGAAUUUGGUCAACCAGCCACAGGGAAACUAUUUGAAGAGCUUUCUCAAAAGUAUACUAACUUGACAAAAAAGCACGAUUUCUUUGAAUACGUAGAACUGGAAAUACAAAAACAGGAAGAAUCAAAGGGUAGAAGCUUCAUUCAAUUACUAAAGGAUCAUUUUUAUUAUGGUGAUAAAUAUGGAAAUAGAAGUCCUUUCAAUGAGUUUGAUAUGAGAGAAAUUACAAUGAAUGGUGAUAGUGCCUUAAAGAAAGACCCUUUAACUGAAUUGGUGAUUCAAUAUUAUCUUACGAUAGAGUUUUUAGUUUUGCAGAUGAAACAAAUUAUCGAUAUCAUAGAGGAUAAAGGAGGUAUCAAAAUUGAGUGUAUUAAGAUUAGUGGAUCACAAAGCAAGAAUAAAAGGAUGACUAAGAUGAUCAAAUUGGUAAAUCCCGAAAAAGAAAUCAUAACCAUAGGAAGUGAAAAAGACAAUAUUCCAACCGGAGUAUUUGGAGCUAGAGGUGCCUCGAUCAUAGCUGAAUUAGCUACCGAAAUAGAAACCCAAGAACCAGGGAGUGUCGAUUACAAAGAAUUAUUCACCACCACGAUCAGUAAUAAUAACUCUUUACUAAAAAACAAAAAUCGUGUGGUUAAACUAGAGCAUAAAAACCCUCUGGAUGAAAAAGUUUUAGAUAUUAAAUAUUGGUUUUUGCAAAAAUUAAGUCAACUACAAUUAGAUUAUAGACAAAGGCUAAAAUUGGAGGAUAUAUAG